AUCGAUAUCUUUAAAUUCACGGCUAUCGAUAGCUAAGCAGCAAGAAAAAAGCAAACACGUCACAACACUUUGGCUGCAGUCCAACGUAAAAUUGAAGUACAGGACAAAAUGGCCAAACAAGUAGCGGAUUUCCAGUGCAGUAAGCUCCAGUUCUACCAGAAGCUAGCACUGGCCGUAAUCCUAGGAGCAGUGCUUUUCUCUCUCCCGGCAAUGUGCGCCGGCCAGGGCAAUCCCAGUUUCAAAUACUCGCGGGAAGCCAACGAAAACUUCGAUCCGCAGAAGGCUCCACGGCCGGAGCACCAUCAUGAUCAUGAUCAUGACCACGAUCAUGGGCACCAUCACCACGGGCACGAUCAUGACCACGAUCAUGGACACCAUCACCACGGGCACGAUCAUGAGCAUGAUCACGACCACGGGCAUGAUCACGGACAUCAUCACCACGGGCACGAUGAAAGGCACACCAAGUCAAAGCCGGAUUUGGAUAUGAGAACCAUUUGGCUGCACUCCAUCGGCUCAACACUUCUUAUCAGUGCCGCUCCGUUCGUGCUACUGUACAUCAUACCCUUAGACAACAGUGAGGCUAUGAAGCCGCGACUUAAAGUUCUUCUGGCCUUCGCUUCUGGCGGCUUGUUGGGCGAUGCUUUCCUGCACUUGAUUCCUCAUGCCACGCAUCCACACAGUCAUGGGGAGCACGGCCACGAUCACGGUCAUGAUCACCAUCAUCAUCAUGAAGGCGAGGAGCAUGAACAUGCUCAUAGCCACGAUAUGAGCAUUGGUCUGUGGGUCCUUGGAGGAAUCAUUGCCUUCCUUUCGGUUGAGAAACUGGUACGCAUUCUAAAGGGCGGUCAAGGAGGACACGGCCAUAGCCAUGGAGCACCAAAGCCAAAACCCGUGCCUGCUAAGCAAAAGUCUUCUGGCAAAGAAGACAGCGGAGAUGGAGACAAACCGGCAAAGCCAGCCAAGACCAAGUCCAAGAAACCAGAAGCGGAGCCAGAGGGUGAAGUGGAGAUUUCCGGAUACUUGAAUUUAGCGGCGGACUUCGCUCACAACUUUACCGAUGGUUUGGCCAUCGGCGCCUCCUACUUGGCAGGCAACAGCAUUGGCAUUGUUACUACUAUUACCAUUCUGCUGCACGAAGUGCCCCACGAGAUUGGCGACUUUGCCAUUCUAAUAAAGUCUGGCUGUUCUAGGCGAAAGGCAAUGCUUCUCCAACUCGUCACAGCCCUCGGAGCUUUGGCGGGCACAGCGUUAGCUCUUCUGGGAGCUGGAGGCGGCGACGGAUCGGCCCCAUGGGUCUUGCCCUUCACCGCUGGCGGUUUUAUUUACAUUGCAACAGUGAGUGUCCUGCCGGAGCUGCUGGAGGAGUCCACCAAACUGAAACAGUCCCUAAAGGAAAUCUUUGCGCUGCUCACCGGCGUAGCCUUAAUGAUAGUUAUCGCCAAGUUCGAGUAACAUCAAAAGUGGGGAGAGCAAAUGCAAAAAGCAUCUAAUUGCGUGAACUGAAAGUAUGCCGCAAACAAUUUUAAAGAUUGCUUAUCAUUUCCUACUCAAAACGAUGAGCAUGUAUUUAAAAAAUGUAUAUUCCAACAUUCAGUGACCGCAAUUAUUUCUCAAUAUAACCAAGGCGGCGUUAUUUAAGAGUUUCUAAGCCUUCCAAAUUAGUGUUUCACUUCGAAAUGAAAUUUUUAUAAAUAGUCAAAAAUACACUGUAAAAAAACCUCA